UCUUUGUCUGUUCCCUAAACCCUAACCCCAAAGCCCUUCUCCCUCGUACCAAUUCACUGGAAGUUGCCGGAUUUCUCAGUCUUCGGGAGAAUCGCGCCAUAUCGUAACCAUGACGGAUUAUAGUCGUCAGCGUGACUUCAUGUUCUGCGAAAUGUGUGGGACGAUGUUGUCCUUCGAUUCGCACAAGUAUGCUCGAUGCCCGUUGUGCAAAUUCCAGAAGCGCCUCAAUGAUAUUGCUGGAAAAGAGAUUCGCUAUACUAUCAGUGCUGAGGACAUGAGAAGGGAGCUGGGAGUGUCGUCACUCGAUGACAUUGAAGAAGAGAGAGAACUGAAACAAAUGGACUAUAAUGCAAAGUGUCGAGCAUGCCAACACUUGGGCAUGGCUUACGUUGCCAGACAGAUUAGAUCUGCUGAUGAAGGGCAGACAAUCUUUUACACAUGCCCUGUCUGUGCCCAUAAACAAACUGAGAACUCGUAGGGUUGCUGGGCCUUUUUGUAUGUACAGGCGAUGCAUAUCAUUCUCCACAAGUGAGAAGAAAGGUGUCUGAGUUUUGCUGCACAUUUGUGUAUCCAUUACGAUAUCUUGUUGGCCAUAGAUUUAUAUAAGAAUCAAAAGACCAUAUAAUACCCAACCAUGCUUGAGAGUGUUCUUCAAAGUUACCCAUUUUCUUCAGUUGUAGUGUUUUCUUUCUUUACCUACAAUGGUUAACCUUUGAAAUGACUACAUUGUUGUUCGUUGUUUUCCCAUUGAGUCCCGCUAUAUAUAACACCAGCUAUGCAAUUUAUCCUGCGGCAA